AUGAGUCCCCCCGCGAUCAUCGCGCCCUCGAUCCUCAGCGCGGACUUUGCCCAACUCGGCCACGAGUGCGCAAAGACCAUGGGCCAGGGCUGCGACUGGCUGCACGUCGAUAUUAUGGACGGCCACUUCGUACCCAACAUCACGUUCGGCCCGCCUGUCGUGUCGAAGAUCCGGUCACACGUGGAGAGGCCGAAGAGUCCGGGCGGGAAGGGCACGUUUGAUUGUCAUAUGAUGAUUGCCGAGCCCCACAGAUGGGCAUCCACGUUCCGCGACGCAGGCUGCGACCUCUACUGCUUCCACUACGAAGCCGCCGUUUCGUCCGUAGCAGCCACAAAACCCGAAGAUAAAGAGACCACGAGUCCCACGUCGCCUAAGAGGCUCAUAAGAUAUAUCCACGAGCUGGGCAUGCAAGCGGGCAUUGCGAUAAAGCCCGAGACCAGCGUCGACGUGCUGUGGGAUAUCCUGGAGAAUGAGAAUAGAGAGGAGAGGCCUGACAUGGUCCUCGUGAUGACGGUACAUCCCGGCUUUGGCGGUCAAAAAUUCAUGGCCUCGGAAUUGCCCAAGGUCAAGGCCGUGCGCGAACGGUAUCCGGACCUGAAUAUCGAGGUGGACGGCGGGUUGUCGGAGAAGACGAUCGACCAGGCGGCGGAUGCGGGGGCUAAUGUCAUUGUCGCUGGGUCGGCGGUGUUUGGGGCACAGGAUCCCGGGGAGGUGAUUCGCGCGUUGAGGGAGGCUGUUGAACAGAGACGGGGCGGCAAGUUAUGA